AAUUUCAGAGUAUUUAUACCCCUAUCCUCUAAUUUAACUUCAGGAAAAUUAAAAUUUCAUUCAUUUCAAACUGAACUAAGGAACGAGUAACUUGUUCAUUUUGAUAAUAAUAUCAUAUUUUGAUAAAAACAUUGUUAAAGCAUGAUGUUUUAAUAUUUGUCGGAAACAAACAGGGAGACAUUACUUUCCCUUGACUUAUACCUUUGAAGUUAUUAAAUUCCAAAAUCUGUGAUAAUACUUUUAAAAAGACGAUGAAAACACAAGAUACGUUUCAAAUGGUCGAGUUCCCUGAAAUUGGGGAGGAUGGAAAAAUUCACAGGGGCUAUCAGAUGGGGCGUCCAGCCCUUGUCCGAAAAGGUGGACAGUACAGAAUUGCAUAUAAAGGUAUGGGCCAAAGAAGCAAACGAUUCUUCAUGGAUAUGUACCAGAGUUUAAUUGACAUGAAAUGGAGAUAUGUUUUGGUCGUUUACGCUGCCCUCUUUAUGCUGAGUUACCUACUGUUUGCAAUUUUGUGGUACGUUAUUGCAUAUUCGCAUGGAGAUUUCGCGCAUUACGGUGAGAAAGGCUAUUACCCAUGUAUUCAUAACAUGAGGAACUUCGCAGACGCAGUCCUCUUUUCUAUCGAGACUCAAACUACGAUAGGAUUUGGAACUGUGUGGCCGGAUGCCGAAUGUAUGGGAGUUCUUCCGUUAGUAUAUCUGCAAGUCACCCUUGGUUUUCUACUCGAAACAAUCCUUCUCGGUUUUAUGCUUGUCAAGUUUGCCCGCCCAAAGAACCGUAGGAAGACCCUUGUUUACAGCAGCGUAGCAACCAUCGUCAAGGAAGAAGGUGAAAUGGUACUUCACGUGCGCCUAGGAGACUUGAGAAAGUCACAUCUCGUUGACACGAGAGUUUAUGGUAUAUUCAUCAAAGACAAAGUUUCAGCAGAAGGUGUGCAUUAUCCAUUGUUUCAGCAUCACAUGGACUUCCAGGCUCAUGGUAUGGACGAUAGGGUUUUCCUAAUAUGGCCGCUUGUACUCAGCCAUAAAAUAAAUGAAGACAGUCCUUUAUUUAACAUGAAACCAGAAGACAUUUUGAAUGGCAACAAUUUCGAGAUUGUAGUUAUACUAGAAGGAACAAUUGAAUCUACCGGUGAAAUUUGUCAGGCGAGAACUUCGUACACAUCUAAAGACAUUAUCUGGGGUUAUAGAUUUGAGAACAUUGUAGAAUUCGAUCACGAGCAUGGAAAGUGGAGAGCAAAUUUCAAACUGUUUGAUGAUGUAGUUCCUUGUCCCACACCAAAGUGCAGCGCUAAACAGUACUAUAAUCUGACCAGAGGAACUGGCGAUCUCGAAAGGCAAGAAAGCACGGGCAAACCAAUUCUGAGGAAAGCAGUAUCUCACAAAGAAUCCCUGACACAAAUCGAAGAGAAAGAAACGAGCAGUUUAGUCAGAAAUCUUAAAGAAAGUCUUGCUGAAAACAGAUUUUGAUAAAUAUAUGCUUCAGUCAUCCCGAUGAAUAGACGGCACACAAAGAAAAGAAGCUCGACAUAAACUUUAAUCAUUUUGUAUAUAUGUUAAAUUCAUAUCACAUUUGUACAUUUUUAUAAUUUUCAAAUUUGUUUAUGUUACAAUUGACUAUGAAUUGUGAAUAAAAUGUGAAAAAAUACUUUGGAUUUUUUACUGAUUAAAAAUACUUUAAAUCAAAUGACAAAAAGAAAAA